CCGCAGCAUCGCCAACGUCGCCGAUGAAUCGCGGGUGCAUCGGUGAUGCAUUGAUGAUGCGGCGCGAUCCUCCGACCCCAGCUAAUCCGACGCCGUCUGGGAGGCAUCUACGUAGAAUCAGCACGAUUGAAAUGGGUAUGGAAAGAGUGGGUACGAAGACCGACAGCACUUUUGUCCGUAGCCAUUUUGGCUCAAGCCUGUUCGACUCAAGAUCCUCAAGGGCUCAAGUUCGAGCUGUCUCCGCCAGGCGCGCGGCCCCGCGGCCAACAUCGCGAAUCCAAGCCCCAUGACCACCAAGAUCCUCUUGCCCUGCCUGCUCCUCGGCCUCGCGGAGGCUACCGCCUUCCCAUCGUGCGAUGCGACGACAACAGAACCUUUCUUCGAAGAAACGACGACUGAAGAGUCGGCGCCAGACAUCCCCUUGGAGCUCCAAGUUCAGGGCCAGAGCGGCAAGUUCACUCUCGUGCCUAAGGGCUCGUCGGGGGCUUCCGUGGGCAUCCGCGUGACGAUGGACGCGCUGAGGGAGGUGGACGCAGAUGGCGAAGCAGUGGGUACGUCUGGGGCUGUGAAGCAUUCGAUCCAAACUUUUGCAAGCCAGGACUUCACGGUGGGCGAUAUGGAGACCGUCCGCAUCGGUUCUGGAGUUUCUGCCGCCAAGGUGUCGUUCGACUCAACCAUCUCGGAGAUCGGACGAAUCGGCGUCGACACCUAUGUCAUGGCCCAGUCGGGAACGGUGGGGAUGUCCAACGAGUCGUGGCAGGUCAGCAUCGGAGACUUGAAGUGGAAUAUCCGCCUCUGGGACUGGACCUGGUGCGACGGCUCCAACUGCAAGAAGGGCCAGACCGAGCAGGUCGGCGCGUUCGUCGAGCUCGACAUCACGGUGCAGAAUUUGGGGGGUGGGAGCGCCAACCAGGGCAGCGGGAAGUCCGUGUCUUUGGGCAGCAACGCGACGCUCGAGCUGUCGACGCAGGUGCAGAGAGACUGCGCGUGGGAGCAGCUGCCGGUCGGGUUCCCUUCCAUCGGUACCCAGGGCAGCCAGACCACCAUCACUUUUCGCUUCCCGCGCUUCGAGACCUCCUGCCUGUACGAUCCCGUCCUGUCUGGCGCAGCGGAAGAGAUGGGUGUCGACGUCGGCUCCGGCACGAACUACUAUUAUUAUUAUUAUUCCUACUACUACACAACCACCCCAGCCCCAGCGCCCGAUGAUUACGCGGUUAGCGCGGCCGCGCCGGCCGCGCUCGGCGCCGCUGCGCUCUGCUCCUUGAGCGCGGUGGCGGUGUGAGGCUAGAGUCGCCAGAGAGAGUCCUCGAACAUUUCACGUUCAAUGCCCCUAUGCCUUUCGGGUAGAAAAUUUUGGGUAGGCGCGGCCCGUCUAUCACGCGUGUGGAGGCAAGAACGAAGUUUUUGUUGGCUCCACCCCAAGACCAGAGGGGGCCUUUCCUCCUCAAAGCAAUGGAUGGGCGAGUGGAGUAACUUGAGCUAUACUUGGCCGAGGGGUCAGGUGGCUCUAGUUCGGCCGUCACAGGCUGGUGCCCGCGUCUUUCACGAACCCGCGUUCGGCUGUUCAACACUCCCUUGCGUGACGGCAGGCGCUUCGCCUGCUGGCGUGACGGGGUUUUGUUUAUGUGAAUUCAAGACAGUGUGAAAGAGAGGUUUUCCUGGUGAUGCCACCUCUCCAUCGGGUCCGCGCGCGCUCCGCCCGCCGGCGUGACAGCGCGCGCAGUUCACUGCAGGGCAGCGUGCUCGUCUGCUUCGCCUUGUUAGAGCAAAA